AUGGAGAGCGGAGGUCUGAAGGAGCGGCUGGCGAGGGCUUGGCGAGCAUCUCUACGGCGUUCGCCCUGCAGCAUCACCUCCCGCAGCUUUGCGGAAGUCGUUCAUCAGCCGGCCUUUGUCUCCUUCGUCCGCCGCCGCCCGGAGGCGACGGUGGCGGAAGCGCCACCGCUGGCGACGGGGACGAGGUGGGGGAAGCCGUCGUCUCCUUCCUUGCUGGGUUCGCCUUCUCACUUCUGCUUCAGGCAGAUGGCGGAGGAGUUGCAGAGAGAGGAGGAGAGGGUCGCCGCCGCAAUGAAGACGAAGAAGAAAGAGGAGGAGAGGAUGAUGAUGAUGAUGAUGAAGAGGAAGAAGAAGAAGCGGAAGCGGAAGCUUCUGUCCAACAGUUAUGGCUUCACGAGUUCUUCCUGCCGGGAAGACAGCGACGAGGAGGACGCCGGGGAUUUCUUCAGCAGCGAUGAAGGUGGAGGAGGGGCACCGGCGGAGACGGAGACGCUCUUCUCGUCGAGGAGCUUCUCCUCCGACUCCUCAGAAUUCUAUUACUACUCCCGCCCCCAUGGCACCAGCAGCAGGAGGAAGAAGAUGAUGAACUCACAGAAGCAGCGACAACAUCGCCGCCGCAGCUGGGACGAGGCGUUUCGUCCGGCUGUGUCCGCUUCUUCGGCCUCUUCUUCGUCUGCUUUCUCCAGAAACGGGAACUUAUACGAGGACAUCGCGGAGGCGGAGGAGGCGACGGCGGCGGCGGCAGCGGCGGGAUUCGCGGUGGAGAAGCAGUCGAGCGACCCACGAGAGGACUUCCGGUGCUCCAUGCUAGAGAUGAUCAUGGAGCAGCAGAUCUUCGGGGAGAGGGAGAUGGAGAACCUCCUCCAUAGCUAUCUCUCUCUCAAUCCUCCCCUCCAUCACUCCACCAUUGUUGAGGUGUUCUUGGAAAUCCGCGAGACCCUCUUCGGGGAGACGCUUUUCGGUUGA